AUGCGCUUCUCUUUAUUCACAGCCCUAUCCGCAGUGGCUUCAUUGGGUCAUGCCCUCCCCGGCAAGCUGCAGACUCGAGAUGUUUCGACCAACGAGCUGAACCAGUUCGACUUCUGGGUCCAGUAUGCCGCCGCGACGUACUAUAAGGAGAACUACGCGGCUCAAGUGGGCGACAAGAUCAGUUGUUCGAAAGGCAACUGCCCCGAAAUAGAGAAAGCCGAUGCGACUGUAUCCUAUGACUUCUCCGACACCACCAUCACAGAUACCGCCGGCUUCAUCGCAGUAGACCACACCAACGCGGCAGUUGUUCUGGCCUUCCGCGGGUCCUAUUCAGUGCGCAACUGGGUCAGCGAUGCCACGUUCCUCCACACAAACCCUGAUCUCUGUGACGGAUGCCUCGCCGAGCUCGGCUUCUGGAGCUCCUGGAAGCUAGUCCGCGACGACAUCAUUAAAGAACUGAAAGACGCCGUCUCCCAGAAUCCGGACUAUGAGCUAGUCGUAGUGGGCCACAGCCUUGGCGCCGCCGUCGCGACCCUUGCUGCCGCUGAUCUCCGGGGCAAAGGCUACCCAUCAGCUAAGUUGUACGCGUAUGCAUCGCCUCGCGUGGCGAACGCGGCUUUGGCCAAGUAUAUUACUGCGCAGGGUAACAACUACCGCUUCACCCAUACCAAUGACCCGGUCCCUAAGUUGCCGUUGUUGUCCAUGGGCUAUGUUCAUGUCAGUCCUGAGUAUUGGAUCACAUCGCCUAACAAUGCCACUGUCAGUACUUCUGAUAUGAAGGUUAUUGAGGGGGAUAUCUCCUUCGACGGAAACACUGGAACAGGUUUGCCGUUGCUGACGGACUUUGAGGCGCAUAUCUGGUACUUUGUGCAGGUUGAUGCCGGCAAGGGCCCUGGGCUGCCGUUCAAGAGAGUUUAA